GCAUCUUAGUUCUAAAAGGACUAAGAUUUUGAGCUCAGAAAACUUGUCUGUCUGAAGAGAGUAAUCGAUGGCUGUGAAAUGGGUUGCUGCAAAGGCUCUCAUUGCUUUUGUUCUUCUUGUUUCGGUCUCGGCUGCUCCUUCUCAUCAGAAUAAUGCAGAGAACAAAACACCAUCAAAUGGAACUAUAGGGGUUGAUUAUCAUGCUAAAGCAUUUUACAAGCACCAUUGGCCGAGUAUGAAAUUUGGAUGGAGAAUAAUAGUAGGAAGCAUAGUUGGAUUCCUAGGAUCAGCAUUUGGAACUGUUGGAGGUGUUGGUGGGGGUGGUAUCUUUGUGCCCAUGCUUACUCUUAUUGUUGGAUUUGAUCAAAAAUCAGCAACAGCAAUUUCAAAAUGCAUGAUUACUGGUGGAGCAACAGCAACAGUUUUCUACAAUUUGAGGCAGAGACACCCCACACUUGAUUUGCCUGUGAUUGAUUAUGACUUAGCACUUCUCUUUCAACCCAUGUUGAUGCUUGGAAUCAGUAUUGGAGUUGCUUUCAAUGUUAUUUUUCCUGAGUGGAUGCUAACAGUUUUGCUAAUAAUAUUUUUCGUUGGCAUUUCAAUUAAAUCCUUCUUGAAGGGUGUGGAUACAUGGAAGAAAGAAACCAUCAUGAAGAAGGAAGCUAAGAAGAAUUCACGGAUUGAAGACGUUGGAACUCCUGAAGAUGCUGCACAUUAUAUUCAAACAGAAGACCCUGCCAAAGAUAUUAAUGAACCAAAGAAAAAGGUUUCUCUAGUUGAGAACAUUCGUUGGAAGGAACUUGGACUUCUUUUUUCUGGAUGGAUCAUGAUUCUUGGAUUAGAGAUUGCAAAAAAACACACAACAACUUGCUCACGGUUAUAUUGGCUAAUGAAUCUACUUCAGGUUCCCAUAGCUGUAGGAAUGAGUUCAUAUGAGGCUGUGCGUCUAUACAAAGGGAAGAGAAUCAUAGCAUCCAAGGGAGAUCAACAACCAAAUUUUUGUGUGCUGCAAUUGGUUCUAUUCUGUGCUUGUGGCACACUUGCUGGCAUGAUUGCUGGUUUGCUAGGCCUUGGUGGAGGAUUCAUCUUGGGACCCCUUUUCCUUGGUCUAGGAAUUCCUCCUCAGGUUGCAAGUGCUACAUCCACUUUGGUGAUGGCUUUUUCUGCCUCUAUGGCAGUGGUGGAAUAUUACCUUCUCAAACGUUUCCCCGUUCCUUAUGCUCUUUUCUUCGUAAGCAUAGCCACUGGUGCAGCACUUGUUGGACAGCAUUUAGUGAAAAAGGCCAUUGCCAUACUAGGAAGAGCAUCUGUGAUCAUUUUCAUCCUAACCUUCACACUCUGUGUUAGUGCAGUUUUACUAGGUGGAGUAGGAGUUGUACAUAUGAUUCAAAAGAUUGAACAUAACGAGUACAUGGGAUUUGGAGACCUUUGUACGUACAGAGCCCACUAAUGAUGUUCAGGGAAACCCUUGAGAACAUUCAGAAUCUCAUAUAUAUCUACGAAGACCAGAUUAGAAGAGAGAGAAAAGAAGAAUGUAAUAAGUGAUUGUUGUCAAAGAAAAAAGAGAGAUGAAGAGAAUUUGAGUGUGUCAAAUGAAUGCUUACAAUGAUAAAACGUUGAUAUAUCAAUGUUCUAAGGUUCUUGA